GAAGCUAUGGCAAAGCAGAGCCAGAAGAAAGCUCUGCAGCCUGAGCCUUACUCCUACACUCAAAGUUCAUCAGUGGGGAGUUUUGGAGUAGGAAGAUUGGCCACUAUGACAGCCCCAGCUCAGCAUCAGCUUCCAGCAGGAUACUCAAAGGAAGUGGAGCAGGCUCAUAGGAUGGAGGCAGAGCUGUGGACACAGUUUCGUCACAGGCAGAGAGGAGAUGAGUUCUGCUGGGGAGUUGAAGCAAUCAGAGACAUGAGGAGGCUGGCUGCUUUCAGACUGUGGCGCCUGCAGAAGGAGCUGCUGAGCAAAGAGGAAGCCAGGCUUUUGGAAGCCCGUGCUCUGCUGGAGAAGAAAAAGCUACAAAACAUUUUCUGGAUGUGGCAUUCCCAAAGCUUGGAAAUGAAAAAGAUUCUAACACUGACAACUCAAAUCCAAAGAAACUUGGUCUCCCGGUGCUUCAGUACAUGGAAGGAGACUGUUGAGCAGAAGGCACUUGACAGGUGCAACCUGGCCCAUCUCAGAGCAGUAUCACUGAGGAGGCACUUCCAGCAGUGGGUUGGGAUGCUGCAGGUCAGAAGAAGUGAUAAGCAGGCAGUGCUGAACCUCUUCCUCCUGCAGUGGAGGCAGCAUUAUGGUGAGCAGUUUGGGCUCUGUGCAGAAUCUAAACUUUAGAUGUGCUUAGGCUCCUUCCUCCUCUUGCACACUGAAAACAGCCUGAAAACAGAGGGGCUCAGAUGAUACAGGGUGUGAACAAACCAGGGUGGGCAGAGGGCUGGUUCUGGGUGUGUCAGUGAAGCUACAGGGAGGUUUGUUGCUCUGCAUCAUAAACCAAACAUAAACUCUUAAACCUUGCUGAAAAGAAGCAAUUUGAGGGUUGGGCUGGGCUGACUUGGAAUGCCUUGAGACAAUCUCUUGUUCCUUUAUGUAACUGGUUAAGGAGCAGUUGUGGGCUCAGCAGCUGACAAGAAUGUGACAAAGAGGCAUGAAUGUCAGAUAUGGACAGGAGAGAAACAGUUUCUGGAGAAAACUGUCUGUUCUUUUGAUGACUUCUGCCAAAAACUGAAGCUGCAGAGAGUAUAUCUGCUGUGGAAAACAAGGCUCUGUGAGCAUCACAAGGCUGAGUGAGUGCAGAAGAGCCAGUCCCUGGAGCCCUGCCCCCAUUAGUAGUGUCCACUUGAUUUUCUGAACCUUUUGCUAGAGCCCCUUUUACCCUGUCUAUUGUCCAUCAUGUCUGUGCUAGUCACCCCCUCUGGUGUUCUUCUUCUUUCACUUCACUGUCUCAGUAUCUUCUGUCUCAGCUCUUUCUCUCAGACUUUGGAGCAGUGUAAACUCAGAAAAACUCUGAAAUUAUGGCACCAAAAGUAUCUCAUGCUGAAGACAAUUGAACAAAGUUCUAAGCACUUGCACACAGCUGUCUGUGAGGAACCUCUUGCCAUGCUGUUUUCUGAGGACCUCUCAACAUCAUCUGGCUUUGACAGCAGUGCACCAGCUACUCUGACCUCUCAGAGCUCAUUGGAAAAGGAAUGCAGUCUUAGUGACAGCAGCCAGCAUGGCUUCUCCUCCCCUGUGGCUGCUGAGGAUGUCACACGUGUGUCAUGCCACAGUUCUUUCCUUCAGCUCCACCAGUGCACAGAGCUGCCAGCUGAGCUGUGCUUGCAGAGCUCCUUCCCUGC